GUACUGGUAACGAAAAUCCUCCAAUCAAAGGAAGAACUUGGUGGUGGAAGUCUUGUGCCCGGAGAACGUGGGGCGUCAAAAGGCCCGGCUGCCCUCACUGUCACAGUUGACGAGGCUACGCGAAGACGUGAAAGACAGGCAACGGAACGCGAAAUGGAACGCCUGUCUCAGGCUCUGCAGUCUCUGACACGUUCUGCUCUGCCGCUGGGCAAACUGGUGGACUUCCUUCAGGAGGACCUCGAAAGCAUGCAAACGGAGUACAGGGAGUGGAAGGCCGAAGAUCAGCGUCUGCAGUUGCAGCUCAAUAUGGUGUUAAAGUAA